AUAACGUCACAUGAUAUCCUAAAACCCCGUCUGUUUCAAUUCAGCAGUUCGAAGGGAAAGAAACCAGCGAGUUGUGAGAGCUGCGGAAGGUAAGGAUAUGCAUUCGCUGGUGUUGCAGUAUAGCUAGUGAACGGUGGGGUCCGUGGUGCAGAUGGCUGGAGGAAGCACGGCAGGAAAUAUCCUGUUCACGAUCUGUGGACCCAAGUGUUCCCUGUGUUGUUUGGUGGUCAGUACGUGGGGCGUCAUCAUGUUGGGUCUCCUGGGAGUGUUCUUCAAGCUGGAGGCGGUGGCUCUGUUUGAAGACAUAGAGACGGGUCUCCACAAAUGCACAGACAAGGAUCAUGACUGCAUAGGCUCCCUCAACAAUGUCGAGUACUUUGCUGAGGAUGAUGUCACUAGGGCUUACUCUAAUGCUGCAUACUCAUGCUGGGGGGCAGCUGCUCUCUACCUCUUCUUCCUCGGUCUCAGUGGAACGUUUGUGGGCAUUAACUACUGGAGGUCAAAGGUCUCCCAACAUUGACCACCCCCACCUGAUUCUCUAGUAGAAAUAGUAAUCAGUUUGUGCAGUUUUUGGUGUUAUUGAAGUGCUGGUAUAAAUUUGUCACAAUAGCAUUAUGUAAGGUCUUGGUGUUUAUGAUCUUCUGUGUCCAUGGCAACGUCAGACUCUGAAUCUGAUUGGUCGCUCUCCAAUUCCUCACCCUCACUCUGCUCUGAACUCUCUCCAUGCCCAAGAACUU